AUGCUGCGGUGCAUUUUUAACACGAAACCAAACUCGAGAUUCACCGUAGAGCAUACCGCGUUUUUCCUGCGCAUUUUCAGACCCCGCGCAAAAUUAAUGCGGUUUAAAUGAGAAGAACAUUAUACGAAUAUCACGGAAUUUCCGGUGGGAAUACACGGAAGAGAGGCGUUUUAGUGCGCUACGUGGCCACCUGUGACAACAGCAACAGCCGCGGCGGCAGGUUGUCGUGAUGGCUGCUGAAGUACAGCAGGAGACGGACACAGCACUCGAUGCCAGCGACAAGACCGAGGAAACCUGUGAGAACGGCAUUGAGACCGACAUACAUCCGCCCAACAACGAUGAAGACCAUAAAUCGUGUGAGAACGUUGAAGAACACCAGAGGUCUUGGAGUUUGGAGAGAAACUGGGGUUUCACUUUAGAGGAGCUCUUCAGACUUGCGCUGAAGUUCUUUAAAGAGAUGAAUGGGAAGGCCUUCCAUCCAACUUAUAAAGAAAACCUCCGCUUGGUUGCUCUGCAUAAGCAAAUCACAUUUGGCCCUUAUAACCCAAUGGAAUGUCCAGAAAUUGGGUUCUUUGACGUACUGGGAAAUGACAGAAGGAAAGAAUGGUUACAACUAGGCAGCAUGGCCAGAGAGGAUGCCAUGGAGGACUUUGUGAAGUUGCUGAACUGCUGUUGUGGUCUGUUUGCUCCAUAUGUCACAUCUCACAAGAUUGAGAAGGAGGAACAAGAGAGGAGACAAAGAGAAGAAGAGGAGCGUGUCAGGCUGGAGCGAGAAGAGCAGGAACGGCAGCAGUUGGAAGAAGAAGCACUUCGGAAACAAGAAGAGGAAAGGAGGAAAAGGGAGGAAGAACAGAGGAGAAAAGAAGAGGCAGAGAGGUCACAGAUAGAGCAGCAGAAACAGCAGAUCAUGGCUGUUCUGAAUGCACAAACGGAAGUGCAGUUUCAACAGUAUUCCAAACAGCAGUAUCCAGAAAAUCCAGAACAACAGCAUAUACUCAUCAAACAAUUACAGGAGCAGCACUACCAACAAUAUGUCCAGCAGGCCCUCCGCUUGCAGCAGCAGAUGGCCUUACAAAACAAGCAAGAUAACUCAGGUGAGACUCAAACACCAGAGGCUCCAUCUCCUUUCUCAAGAGAUGCAGUGUCCACCUGCGAUCUAAGCAACCAAUCAAAUUCAUUGGAGAAUCAGGAAGAGCAGACGGACUCAAAAGCCUUCCGUUUGUGUUUAGAAGGAAAACCAGGAGAGACACUUAUUGUUGCUCCCUCUAUGUGGACACGGCCUCAAAUAAGAGAGUUUAAGGAGAAGGUGAUGCACGAUGAGGACUCUGUAAUCACAGUUGGCCGAGGGGAGAUGUUGACCGUACGAGUGCCCACUCAUGAGGAUGGCUCACACCUCUUCUGGGAAUUCGCCACUGAUCACUACGACAUCGGUUUUGGGCUGUACUUUGAGUGGAAGGACUUGACCAUGUCACCAAGCAACAAUAAUGAAGGGACAGCUGCUACUGAAACUAAAGAAGGAACAACACAGGCUGAAGGAGAGAAAGAGCCGGAGGAGAACAGACUUCCACUGAUAAAUGAAGUGGUUCCUGUUUGCCGUCGGGACAGCCAUGAGGAAGUCUAUGCAGGCAGUCACCAAUAUCCUGGCCAGGGAGUUUACCUUCUGAAAUUUGACAAUUCUUACUCCCUCUGGAGGCCAAAGAUUGUCCAUUACAGAGUUUAUUACACCAGAUAAACAUCACUAAGACAAUAGCAUGUCUCGCACGACCAGGUGCUGAAUUCACAUGCCCUUCUGCCUUUUAUUAUGUUGAGUUUUUGAUUUGGGUGACAGUAAAAUAAAAACAUUCUUGGAUCAAGAGAAAUACAACCUGCUUAAGGAGAGUAACUUAAACCAAAUAUGUUCAAUAAGUACUCUUGUUGUACAUCGAUCCUGUUUCGGAGACAAAGGUAUUUGCGUUCUCUGCUGAGAAAUGCUCAAAUCCUGUUUUGGUAAUAUAUUGAAAAAAUAUGUAUUGUUUCCCAUGAAGGAACAAUAGUUUAUUUUCCCAAUAUCUUUUCAUAUUUAAUUUGUUCAGUCAGUGAAGGAAGGGUAAAAUUUGAUUGUUUGAACUGAUAUGAUGGAUUCAAGCACUUUAAAGUUUUAAAAGUAAGUUAUGGGUCCACUGAAAGUUAAAACUGGUGAUAUUGCACCUUUUUUGUUUUUAUUGUUGUUUGGGUUAUUGAUUGGGUCAAAACAAUAUAUCAUUUAAUAAUUUUGACUGUUUAUGUGAAGGCUUAAUCUCAUCUUAAACAUGAUUGUUUUCAUUUAUAUGUUAGGGGAGUUGGAACAUGAUAUUAUUAGCUGUUUUAAAGUUGAUUAACAAUUUAAUAGUUCUUAUAAAUGUUUGCACAGACCUAUUAAUAUUCCAAGAUGUCAAGUUUAUAACAUCAUUUCUAAUAAGGGUGAUAGUACACUGUUCUGUGUAUUCUCUUGUCUUAAGCAGACAUUUGCUCUAACACAGUCAACUACUAGUACAAUAUAUGUGGAUGUUCAUGUAUGUGCGAAACUACGCAUGACCCAAAAUUUUGCACACUAUUGAUGGAGAAUAUAUUGUCUAUAGCCUCAGAAAUGAAGAUUAGACUAAACAGGAUAGUUUUGUCUUAAAAUAAUUAAAAAAUUAAAUUUUCUCACGUGGCAGCUAAUCUUUAGCAAGAUGUAACCAUUUGGCAUGGUAAUAGAUCUUUUGCAUAUUUAAUUGCCUUUGUAUUUUUGGUAUAAACUUUUUUACUGUCCCAUUUAUAACUGGACGUGUUGAGUGUUCAUCUGUAGAUCUCAGAAUGCAAUCUAAAUUUGUAACAUUUAGUGUAUUUUAUCUUAAAUAAAUGCUUUUAUAGAUAAGUGUGCAGGUAAAACACAAUAAAUACAAUGCGAAUUAUGUUUAAAUGUCCAUAUAUGAUUGUCCCAUUGA